AUGAGUUUUUGGACAGUAGUAGUUACCUUUGUCAUUGUGUCGUUAGCGUCUGCCUUAUUCUGGGUAUUUGCACCUAAACAAAACCAAACUGUUUGGAGAAGUACAGUCAUAUUAUCACUAGCGAUGAUGUAUCUAAUGUGGGCCAUUACAUAUCUAUGUCAGCUGCAUCCACUAGUGCAGCCACGUCGUUCAGACUUGAGACCUGAACUAGUAGAAUAG